UGAAGCAGCUUUUCCGUCGAUCUAUGCGAGGUCUAUGGCUCGAACGCCCGGAACGUCCAAACAAGGUUAGACGAGACUCUCCAUGCGUCUUGCCCAGAGAGCCGAAACAAAUGAGUUCCACCACGCUUCGAUCGAGACUGUUUGUUGCCAAAAGGCUGUGUUGUUGUCGGCGGAACUCGUCGACGCGGAAAGACGACGAGGAACGGGUCGAUCGCGCCAGAGAGGAUUCGAUCGACGACCUGGCGGAGCCGACCAAUUGCUGCAUGUCGGGCUGCGCAAAUUGCGUGUGGAUUAGAUACGCGGAGAGAUUGAGUAGCGCGAUGGAGAGAUCCGACGUGGAUCUGCAGAGGACCAUCCUCGAGAAGGUGCAAGAUCCUAACAUGAGGGCGUUCCUGGCGAUGGAACUGCGGUGCCGGAAGCUGACAAAAUAGCGCGAACGUGUCGUUAUGAAUCGCGCGAGAGAGGCAGUCCGACAGAAUACACCCUCGUAGCAUAUAAAACCAGUAGUCGAACAAUUCGCAGGGUGUCCAGUGGUCGGGGAAAAUCUGGAAAACCGGGAAACUGUCAGGGAAUUUUAGAAACCUGGAAAUGUCGGGGAAUUUUACGAUUUGUCUGGAUUUUUUUACAUCGUUUCACAUUUUUCUGAAUAAUUUAAAGUUUAAAAAAAAAUACACACUGUUAUACAUAGAUGGUAUAAUUGCUUUAAUUUAAAUUUUUAUCUUUCUGAAUUCCGGACUUUUGUUUCCCGUGAAAAAUAUUUCCAAGGACUUCGUCAUUUAACGUUUACUUGAUUUACCAUACAGAUGCACGCAAAUUAUGCAUCUUGAAAAGAAUUACACUAAACGGUCGGGGGGGGGGGGGGAGGAAAUUAAUUCCGGCUCCUGGAAAGCCUGAAAAAGUCGGGGAAUUUUUUUCAUUGACUAAACAAUACAUGGUAACACGCCAAUGUGGGUCACAAGGCAAGAU